UCGCUCUCGCCCUUUUCUCGUCGCCAAGGCCGCUGAAUACGCAGUCUCCGUCCAAGACCCCUCCAGCCUCGACCACAUCGCUCUCCGCCAGUCAUGUUCGCUCUUCGAUCGCUGCGCUCGCUCGCCCGCACUGCCAAGGCUCCCAUCGUGGCUCCUCACCGGCGGUUCCUGUCCACCUACGACUCAUACAACACGGCUGUCGCUGGUCUGUCUCCUGAGCUCGCCGAGCUCCGCGAGGUCGUCCAUGACUUUGCCCAGAAGGAGCUCGCUCCCCGUGCCGAGCAGAUCGACAAGCAGAACGCCUUCCCAAUGGACAUGUGGAAGAAGCUGGGCGAGAUGGGAUUCCUCGGCAUCACUGCUCCCGAGGAAUACGGUGGCCAGGACAUGGGUUACUUUGCCCACACCCUUGUGAUGGAGGAGCUCAGCCGGGCCUCCGGCUCGGUUGCUCUGAGCUAUGGCGCCCACUCCAACCUGUGUGUCAACCAGAUCGUGCGCAACGCCAACGAGGCUCAGAAGAAAAAGUACCUCCCCAAGCUGAUCAGUGGCGACUAUGUUGGUGCCCUGGCCAUGAGCGAGCCCGGAUCCGGCUCGGACGUCGUGUCCAUGCAGCUCCGUGCCGAGAAGAAGGGUGAUAAAUACAUCCUCAACGGCAACAAGACCUGGAUUACCAACGGCCCCGACGCCGAUGUCCUCGUUGUGUACGCCAAGACUGACAUCAAUGCCGGUCCUAAGGGCAUCACUGCUUUCCUCAUCGAGAAGGGCUUCCCCGGCUUCUCGACCUCGCCCAAGUUCGACAAGUUGGGCAUGCGCGGCUCCAACACCUGUGAGCUGAUCUUUGAAGACUGCGAAGUCCCCGUCGAGAACGUGCUCGGAUCCGUCGGCCGCGGUGUCUACGUGCUGAUGAGUGGACUGGAUCUCGAGCGCCUGGUUCUGUCUGGAGGUCCUCUUGGACUGAUGCAGGCUGCUCUGGACAUCACUCUGCCAUACGUCCACAUGAGGAAGCAGUUUGGCACCCGCAUUGGCGAGUUCCAGCUGGUCCAGGGCAAGCUCGCGGACAUGUAUACCAAGCUGAGCAGCAGCCGCGCCUACGUCUAUGCCGUUGCUCGCGCCUGUGAUGCCGGAGACAUCAGCAACAAGGACUGCGCCGGCGCCAUCCUCUACACUGCCGAGCGUGCCACCGAGGUUGCUCUGGAUGCGAUUCAGUGCCUCGGCGGAAACGGAUACAUCAACGAUUAUCCUACCGGUCGCCUCCUCCGCGAUGCCAAGCUCUACGAAAUCGGCGCUGGAACGAGCGAGAUCCGACGAAUGCUCAUUGGCCGCGAGUUCAACAAGGUGUUCCCCAAGGAUGCCUAAAUCCUCACUAGAUCAAGCAUUUGCAGCCCAUUGUAUAUUUUGACACCCCACCUCCCUCCUACUACACCACCACCGGGGCUUGGCCGGACGGCUUUUGCCGACCAACUCGGUUUGAAAUACAGCAGGGUCGUUGAUCAUGCAGUCUUCUGCUCACAGCCAGGACGUCUGAGUGGGAACGAGCAUUCCCGACAUUGUGGAUGGGUGCAGGUUCGCCGUGUUGAGAUGAGACGGAUCGAUAUCCGCUG